GGUUGUAUCUCCGUCGUCUACCUGAGGAAGAAAAAAUGUUUCGUCGGUUAUGCUGUUUACAGAGCGCCUCUCCCUCCGUGCCACUGUCUUCUGCUUCCGUCACCAACAAGAAGGCUCUCGUGUUGUUGGGCGCACCUCAGGUCUCAGCCAUAGUCCUGGAUGCGCUUCUCGACGCUUCUGCUUCUCCACAUUCUCUAUUUGAGGUUGCCGCUGUUGUGACUCAGCCCCCUGCUAGAAGGGACAGGGGAAAGAAACUCGCCCUCUCUCCUUUGGCCACUCAUGCACUUGAUAGGGGCUUUUCAUCCCAUCUUAUUUUCUCUCCCCAACGAGCUGGAGACGAUACUUUCUUGUCAAAUUUAAAAGAUCUGCAACCUGAGUUGUGUAUUACUGCGGCAUAUGGGAAUAUAUUACCUACCAAGUUUCUCGAUAUUCCACCACUGGGAACAGUCAAUAUUCACCCUAGCCUGUUGCCAUUGUACCGAGGUGCUGCUCCUGUUCAAAGAGCAUUGCAGGAUGGGGUUAAAGAAACUGGUGUAUCAUUAGCAUUCACUGUUCGUGCACUGGAUGCUGGACCUGUCAUUACUACCCAAACAAUUCAGGUUGAUGAUCAAAUAAAGGCACCUGAUUUGCUUGAGCUCCUGUUCCAUGAAGGAUCAAAACUUCUGGUUGGGGAACUUCCUUCUAUAUUUGAUGGAUCUGCAAGAAUGAAGGCACAACCCCAAGAUCACACUAAAGCUACAUUGGCUCCAAAGUUAAGUCCAGAUGAAUCGUGGCUAUUCUUUGAUCAAGAAGCAUCUAUUCUACAUAAUAAGGUUCGUGCCUUUUCAGGGUGGCCAGGAACUAGGGCAAAAGUUUUAGUAGUUGAGAAAAAUGGUCAGGAGAAAACUUUGGAGAUUAAAGUUAUAACCACACGAGUUAGCAGUCAUGAAAGUGUGCAGUUCAAUGAAGCAGAUGAUAUUGCAUUUGUGGAGGGUGCAUUGGUGUUUCCAUGUGGAAAGGGCACUGCACUUGAGGUAUUAGAAGUUCAGCUUCCUGGGAAAAAGGUAGUAAAUGCAGCUGCUUUCUGGAAUGGGCUGCGGGGGCAGAAGCUGAAGAAAUUAUGAGAGGAAAUAUGUGAAUCAAUAACCAAAGAAGUCAACAAAGGGUUGUGAUUGUGGAAUGGCGCAAAAGAGAGAGCAACUUUACACUUUCGGUAGGCAACAAAGCAUAACAAAUUAGGUCAAUUAUUCGGCCUUGCAUUGGGAUUGGGAUCGGACCAAUAAUCAUUUGUCAAUAUGUUAUGCUUGCGGAAAGUAUUAAUUCAAAUCGAUGAUUGCUUCAAUUUGAUCGGUCCCGCCGUAGCGCCGCUCUUGUUUUAUUUUAUACUUAAUACAUCUUAAAAACCAUAUCUUAUCUCCUUCAGAAUACAAUAAUGCCCAUAUUUGAUAUGUAGAAUGACUAAUAUUUAUAUUUAUUUCCCUAAUAAAAUGUUUCAC